CACAAUACCGGCCGAGGCAAUUGCCUCAGUGGAAGCCCGUCCCGCAGGGGACGGGGCACCGGGACAGUCCGCGGGCUAGCCUUCGGUCCUGAGCAGGGGGCUCCGGCGUGGGCGCUCCGGGGGCCGGCGUGGACCCCCACGACCCGCCGGCGCGCAGACCCGGAGCUCCACGGCCGGCCCCGCCCAGAUCUCGCGAGAGCGCGGCCACACGUCUCGCGAUACGCGGGCGGAGAGGAGGGAGAUCUGAGCUGCGGCUGCGGCGGUGAGGAGAGAAGGAAGUGGCCAUGGAGGACCUGGGGGAAAACACCACCGUCCUGUCCACCCUGAGGUCUCUGAACAACUUCAUUUCUCAGCGUGUGGAGGGAGGAUCCGGACUGGAUGUUUCCACCUCUGCCCAAGGUUCUCUGCAGAUGCAGUACCAGCAGAGCAUGCAGUUGGAGGAACGGGCAGAGCAGAUCCGCUCGAAGUCUCACCUCAUCCAGAUGGAGCGGGAGAAGAUGCAGAUGGAGCUGAGUCACAAGAGGGCUCGAGUGGAGCUGGAGCGAGCAGCCAGCACCAGCGCCAGGAGCUAUGAGCGUGAGGUGGAUCGCAACCAGGAGCUCCUGACCCGCAUUCGGCAGCUCCAGGAGCGGGAGGCUGAGGUGGAGGAGAAGAUGAAGGAGCAGCAGGAGCGCAGCAGGCUGUGUAAGCAGAGCCUGGACGUGGCCAGCAAGAAGCUGCGGGAGAAGGAGGACAGCCUGGCGGAAGCCGGCGAGACCAUCAGCGCACUCAAGGGGAGGGUCUCCGAAUUGCAGUGGAGUGUGAUGAACCAGGAGAUGCAGGUGAGGAGCCUGGAGUCGGAGAAGCAGGAGCUGAAGGAGCAGCUGGACUUGCAGCACAAAAAAUGGCAGGAAGCGAAUCAGAAGAUUCAGGAACUCCAGGCCAGCCAGGAGGUGAGGGCAGACCAGGAGCAGAGGAUUAAGGAUUUGGAGCAGAAGCUGUCCCUGCAGGAGCAGGAUGCUGUGAUUGUGAAGAACAUGAAGUCUGAGCUGGUGCGGCUGCCGAAGAUGGAGAGGGAGCUGAAGCAGCUGCGGGAGGAGAACGUCUGCCUGCGGGAGAUGCGAGAGACCAACGGGCUGCUCAGGGAGGAACUGGAGGGGCUGCGGCGGAAGCUGGGGCGUCAGGAGAAGAUGCAGGAAAACCUGGUUGACCUGGAGCUGGAGAAGGAGAGGCUGCUGGCGAAGCUGCAGAGCUGGGAGAGACUGGACCAGACCAUGGGCCUGAGCAUCAGGACCCCCGAAGACCUUUCCAGAUUCAUUGUUCAGCUGCAGCAGCGAGAGUUUGCCCUGAAGGACAGGAACAGCUCCAUCACCUGCAGUGCCCGGGGGCUGGAGAAGGUCAGGCAGCAGCUCCAGGAGGAGGUGCGCCAGGUCAGCAGUCAGCUGCUGGAGGAGAGGAAGAGGCGGGAGACGCACGAGGCUCUGGCCCGGAGACUUCAGAAGCGGGUCCUGCUGCUGACCAAGGAGCGGGACGGCAUGCGUGCCAUCCUGGGGUCCUACGACAGUGAGCUGACCCCCGCAGAGUACUCGCCCCAGCUGACCCGGCGCAUGCGUGAAGCAGAGGACAUGGUGCAGAAGGUGCACGCCCACAGCUCGGAGGUGGAGGCUCAGCUGUCACAGGCACUGGAGGAGCUGGGAGGCCAGAAACAAAGAGCAGACAUGCUGGAGAUGGAGCUGAAGAUGCUGAAGUCUCAGUCAGGCCCUGCCGACCAGAGCUUCCUGUUCUCCAGGGAGGAGGUGAACUCACUCAGGUCGAAGGUUGAGGAGCUGGAAGGGGCACGGAGCCGUCUGGAGGAAGACAAGAAAAUGCUGGAAAUGCGGCUUGAGCGGCUCACCCUGCAGGGCGACUAUGACCCGAGCCGGACCAAGGUGCUGCACCUGCGCAUGAACCCGGCCAGUGCGGCGCGGCAGCACCAGCACGAGGAGCACGCCCAGCUGCAGGAGGAGUGCGAGCGGCUGCGCGAGCUGGUGCGCGCCCUGGAGAGGGGUGGCCCUGUACCUGCCGGCCUGGAAGCCACCGCGGCUCUGCCCUCGUCCAAGGAGGUGACAGAGCUGAAGAAGCAGGUGGAAAGUGCAGAGCUGAAGAACCAGCGGCUGAAGGAGGUCUUCCAGACCAAGAUCCAGGAGUUCCGGAAGGUCUGCUACGCGCUCACGGGCUACCAGAUAGACAUCACCACGGAGAGCCAGUACCGGCUGACCUCCAUGUACGCCGAGCACAAGGCUGACAGCCUCAUCUUCAAGGGUCCCGCUCGGAAUCAGCUGUGGUCCACAGGCCGUUUUCAGGAUUCAGGUGUCCCCCUGAAGUCCUGCACCCCAUCUGCGAGGCCGCUGCUGCCGCUAGCAAUGCCUAAGACGGUGUUUUGAGCUGGAAGAGCUGCUUGGUCAUUGCAGACAAAUCAGGAUCUUGACCGACUAAAUCAGUUACUAGCAAGAUGGGAGAACAAGUGGAUUAUCACUUAAUAUAGCUUGUGUAGAGCAUCCCAUCUUUCAAACCCGGAGUCUGGGGCGGGAACACCGAGGAGAAGCUUCUGGAUGGCGUCAGGGUUGGGUUGCUGCUCCCACAUAGGUCUGCACUGGGGACCAAUCCCCCAGUACCAGAGUCACCACCUGGCCUCUGCUCCCUGUGUAAGGCCCUGUUCACGCCGGCUCCUUCCUGGGGACUCCCCCCGUUGUCAUCGAGUGAUGCAGCCUACUGUUUUCCGAGCAGGAGCAGAGCUGGUCGGUGCUGCCAUCCUGUUUUACAACCGAGGAGACCGAGGCGCACACGGUGGGGGUGAGGACUGAGCUGGUCCCCAGGCUGCUGACCCAGCCCUGAGCCAGGACUUCCCGGAGCACUGGCUGUGUCGUCCCUGAACUGACCCGUGUCCUCGUCCUGCCCCCCGGCCCUGGCACCGAGCAGGCGUGUGGACUCAGGAGCGGCCCCUUCUGCCCUGUCGUCUCCUCGUGUUAGCUGGCAGGUCGUGGUGCCUCUGCUCGUGUUUUAAGGAGGAAAGCGAGGCAUAGAGAGCCUUGGGGUCAGCGGCACAGCUGGGACCCCAGCCCACAGCUGCCGAAAGUGGACUUGGUGCUGAGUCCUCCCUCUGGCCCUUCCCACCCGGACCCUGCGGGCCGCGGCCGGCCCUCCUCGGCCUUGCUGUCCGCUUCCCCGUCGCAUCGGCCCGCCCUGGCUGUGGCCCGUGUCCGGGGCCAGGGAUGGUAACAGGAAAGGCGGGUGGGCCUUCUUGUUGCCUGGGGGGCGCAGGGCCUCGGCACACUGCAGUGGACCCGCCAUGGAGCACGUGGGCCUGGCCGGCCGAGUGCGAGGCUCUUUGGGUGCCGCUCUCAUUCUGUCCCCCAGCGGGCCCUGAGGUGGACACUGUCCCUGUUCUGCGUCUGAGGUGACCAAGGCUCAGAGAGGGGCCGCUUACCCUUGGGGGUCUGGGGCCAGGCCUGCCUGCCUCGGGGCUUGUGCCACCCUCAGUGGCAGGCCGUGCCACUGCCCGCCCUCCCCCCACCCAGACGGCCAGCGGCCGCCCUGGUCUCACACGCCACCUCACAGAGGCGACACGGGGCCAGCGGGCUGUUCCCACCACGAGAGCGUCUCCCUGAACCUUGCCUCCCCGGCCUUCGGAGAGUCCUCGGAAAUGGGACAUCAGCGCCCAGCCGCCCAGGGUUGCUCGAAGCCAGCAGGUGGCCGAGCCGAGGUCCCCUAGAGGCCCACGUCCUGGUCCUGUGGGGAGGGGGUGUGGGUCUGGCCUCCCGCCCCCGUGAGCCUGGGAUCUGGAGCGCAGAGAUUUGGCUCCGUGAAGACGAGGCCACCGUGCCGCUCGGGUGCCAGCGUGUGCUCCGGACCCCUGCCAUUAGUGACGGGCGCUCCAGUGGUGAUUUCCCCGGCCCUCAGCCUGACCCCGCGGUGAGGAAAAUCAAGCUGAAAUUAAAUCAAAUUCCAAAUGUUAAACCAACCAAUUAAAAAAAGCAAUCACAUAGAAACAUGCGUUUUUC